CUCAUACCAGACGAAGGGGCGGAAACGCUACAUUUCACUGUAGUCAAGCUAGCGGCUCUGUGUUUUGACCACAAAUCAGGACAAACGACGGCGUUGUUACUGUAUAAUUGCGAGACAGACGCUUUCGCGUUGUGUUCGUUUCGGUCCGGGUGGAAGUUUGAAAAAUUAAUUUGUAAGUCAUCGGAACCUGCUGGUCUCCAGGUCUACCUGAUGAGUAUGAGCCUGACUACAGAGCCCCCUAACGAUGGCCCCACUGUUACAGAAGAGAGCAAGAUGACUUCAUCUGAGAAGAAGGACAAGAAGCCGGAUGACGUGGCAGAGGAAGAGGAGGAGGAGGAAGAAUAUGUGGUGGAAAAGGUCCUGAAUCGGCGGGUGGUGAAAGGGAGAGUAGAGUAUCUCCUCAAGUGGAAAGGCUUCUCUGAAGAAGACAACACGUGGGAGCCAGAAGACAACCUGGACUGCCCAGAUUUGAUUGCAGAAUUUCUGCAGUCUCAGAAAUCGGCACACGAUGGAAAGAGGAAGGCGGCCGGUGAUGCAGAAGGAGAUGAAAGUAAAACAAAGAAGAAAAAAGAUGACACAGAGAAGCUAAGGGGCUUUGCUCGAGGGCUGGCUCCAGAAAGGAUUAUUGGUGCCACAGAUUCCACAGGAGAACUCAUGUUCCUCAUGAAAUGGAAAAAUUCCGACGAAGCCGACUUGGUGCCGGCGAAGGAGGCCAACGUGAAGUGUCCGCAGGUGGUCAUCUCGUUCUACGAAGAAAGACUCACUUGGCACUCGUAUCCCACCGAAGACGAGAAAAAAGACGACAAAAACUAACACAGGGCGAAGGGGCAGGGGGACAAAAAGAGUAGUUUUGAACUUCAUUGUACUUUGGACGGGGGAUUUGGGGGAUCAGGAGGGGGGCAGAGACAAGCAAGACACCAUUGAACUUAUUCGUCUUUUGGUGAAGUAUCACUCAUACAGUUCUGCUUUUAUCUGGAUAUAAUGUAACUGUAUAUACGCUUCAGCUGAACCCCACAUGUAUGACGCAGUGUUAAUUUUCUCUAUCCGCUCCAGCUUUCUAAAAGCUGCUCGGGCUACUUCAGUAUCAGUUUCACAAAACAUUUGGUCCAGUGCUCGGUCGUCAACAAGGUGUUUUAUUUCAUUAAUGUGCCAUUAUUUUUUUUAACUUGAUUGGUUGUUGCUUUUGAGAGCAAAACUGUGUUCAUCUUAGCUGCUCCUUUAGGACCGUUUGGUGUAUGGUGAUGAUCUUUUUCAGUGAUUCAUUUGAUCAUGGGUAAUCUUUGUAGUGUUUUUCAUUAAUGUCUUGCUUGUCAGUUUUGGAGAAUAAACUGCUUUUUGUUA